GAAAGAGGGAAGUGACAUUUAUUGAGCGCUGUGUACUGUUAUUUCCAUUGGCCUUACAAGACUAAGCAUUUUGUAUAUGAGGAAACUGAGUCAUAAUAAACUUUUGCUAAACUCCUCGGGGUCACCCGGCGAAGUGGCUUCGAGCCGACUCACUCGAGCCACACCCUCCCGUCUCAGCAGUUUGCGGCCCCGGAUCACUCUCCCUCCGGGCCAGCCUUUGGCCCUUUCCUUCCCACGGUUAUCUUGAGGAACGGCCUUGAGCCAGGUUAUUCCUCAGAGAGAUGUCCCGGUAAGAAUAAUCGGGCCAGGAUGCAGCCCAACCAGGAAUCUGCACGCAACUUUCCGAAGAACAGGGUGCCCUACUGCUCACGCGCGGCGCACACUGGGCGGGGCCUCGGUCCUAGGACCCGCCCAACCUCUUCCUCUUCCUACGAGAGGCUGGGCCACGGCGUCAGCGGGAAACCCCGGCCAGCCGCGUUCUGCUAGGUGCUGCUGCAGGAAUGGCGGGCUUGGGGAACCUGGUCCUGCGGCCCUGGAUUCGAGAACUGAUCCUAGGGUCAGAAACACUCUCAAGUCCACGAGCCGGGCAACUGCUCAAGGUAUUGCAGGACUCGGAGACCCCGGGCCCAUCCCACGCCCCUGUUGCCCCUGACGCCGGGGCUAUGCUGCUUGUAUCAGACGGGACCCACAGUGUCCGGUGCCUGGUGACGCGCGAGGCCCUGGACACCUCGGACUGGGAGGAGAAAGAGUUCGGAUUCUGUGGAGCAGAGGGCCGGCUACUGUUGCUGCAGGUCUGCGGGGUCCGCAUACAGGUCGCCGAGGGCAGCUCGCCAGCAGAGUUCUACCUCCAAGUGGACCGCUUCAGCUUGCUGCCCACUGAGCAGCCUCGGCUACAGGUGACUGGUUGCAACCAGGACUUGGAUGUGCAGAAAAAGCUAUAUGACUGCCUUGAGGACCACCUUUCAGAGUCCACCUCUUCCAAUGCAGGCCUAACGCUGUCCCAGCUUCUGGAUGAAGUGCAGGAGGACCAGCAGCAUCGGGGGGCACUAGUGCACCUGGCUGAGAGCUGCCUGAUGCUGGCAGGCCCUUGCACAGCACCCCCACUCACCCACUGGGCUGCCUCACGUUGCAGGGCCACGGAAGAAGCUGUGUACACUGUCCCCAGCUUAUUGCUGCACAUUUCUGAGAAUGACCAGCAAAUUCUGAGCUCUCUGGGCUCAAGUCAGAGGGCACAAGGUAAGGAGAACUGGAGAGGUCAAAAGAGGAAUCUCUGGAACCCAGGGCCCACAGUGCUGAUGUACAUCCUCAGAACCCCCAGGCUGGUUGUGAUCCCCUCCUCCCCAGGAACCCCUGCCUUAACCUGCCACAUGCCAUUGGAGGAAAGCAGUGCCAGCGUCAGCCUUCUGCCUGCCCUGCCUUUGGUUACCCCAGACCUGGUACAGAAGCACAGCUCCCAGUCCCUACCAGCCAUCUGCUCAGCCUCUGGAUCUCUGCCCUCCAGCUCCCCACACCCCAGUCAUACAUCCAAUUCCCCACUCAUGAGCUGUACUCCCAGUCUCUCGCCCCUUGACCGUGACCCCAGUCCAUACCAGGCCCGUGUGACCAGGGCCCAGAAAAUUAGCCUGGAGUUCAGAGAGAACCAGCAGUCUUUUCCAUGGACUGGAGCCAAGGGAUCCCAGGAGCCCUGCCCUGUCUGGGACCCCCCAAAGAGGCAUCGUGAUGGUUCCACCUUCCAAUAUGAGUAUGAGCUACCCUGUACCUCCCUCUGUGCCCAGGUCCAUGCUGCCAGGCUCCCUCCCCAGCUUGUGGCAUGGGCCUUGCACUUUUUGAUGGAAUCACAGCCAGAGUCUGAGCUAACUCAAGUGUGAGGGGUCAUACAGGCACAUCAGAAGAUAUGCACAUACAGGUCUGUGCCCAGGCUUGGGGAUGGGGGGUGCCUCGAGUUUUGGCCUGCGCUUGAGGACAGGGGAGCGCUGAAGCCUCAGAGGCCGUUCUGAGGGACACAGAAAGGACCAGAGUCACAAAGGAAACCCAGGAGCCAAGCCUCCCCAGUCUCCUGCACUCAAGCACACGUGGAGGUGUGUCCCUCACCAGCAGGGGCCUGGAGCUGGUCCUCAUGCACAGACACUGCUCGUCGCCCUGCCGAGAGAGGCCGCGGCCUCAGCUGGCCAUCUGGGGGAGGCCGGGGUAUCAGGGUGGCACACUCAGGCCCCUGACUCCCUGGGCCAGGUCUGCAUGAGGGGUCUGUAGAGAGAAGGGUGUCAACCAAGACCCAGGCCAGGCUUGAACAAUGAUCUGACCCCCUCUCUUAACUGUCCCUGCACCUCCCGGAACUCACCAGCAGAGACAGAGUGGGUACGAGACUUGAUGGAGAUGGGAGGGGUCUCCGUGGAACUGUCCAUAAUGUCACCUGCAAGUUGGGGCUAGGAGCUUAGGCACCAGACAGUAGGGGCAAGGGAAAGAAUAACUCUGGUCUCUUCCCCUCCCCCAGGAGAACAACUGAGGUGAGGACUAUCUUUUUUGGUACUAGGGAUAGAACCCAGGGUGCUUAACCACUGAGCAAUAUCCCCAGCCCUUUGUAUUUUUUUAUUUUAAGAAAGGGCCCAAGUAGCUGAGGCUGGUUUUGAAUUUGUGAUCCUCCUGCCUCAAUCUUCCAAGCCACUGGGAUUACAGGAAUGUGACCGUGCCUGGUUAGAUGGGGACUAUUUCUAAGGACACCUCCCUCCUUCCCCUUAAUAUACCAGCUUACCCCAGGUUCCCACUUACCAUCUGAGCCAGCUUUCUUGAUCUCACCAUCUUUGCUCUGUAGGAAACAAGACAGUCAAACCCCAGCCCUGCCCCUCUCACCCUAGCCUUAUCCAUUUGUUCAUUCUUGUUCUUAUCACCCAGGCACAGAAUGCCUGUCAUGGGCUGAGCAAGUACAUGGCAAACUCAAUCCCAGCCCCCUGAGAACUCACAGUCUGGGAUGACAGAUAGUUGGCACACUGAAAUAUGCAUGCACAUAGACACAUAAUGUUAUUUCUUAAUUCUGUGAUGUACUUUUCACACAGUUUCUAAAUAGAAGCUGGGUCUCGCUUCAUAUCAUAUGUGUUCUUCCUGAAAAGCUAUUAAGUAGAUGGCACAUAGGGCUGUGGCUGUGUUUUACUGGGGAGCAAACUGUGUGUGUGUGUUACUGGGGUUCAAAUCCAGAAUUUUACACAUACUAGACAAGUGCUGUACCACUGAGUUAUAUCCCCUAGCCUUUUUUACUUUCAGACAGGGUCUCACUAAAUUGUUCAGGUUGGCCUUGAACUUGGAGUUCUCCUGCCUUAGCCUCCCCAAAUAGCUGGGAUUAGAGGCAUGGGCUACCACACCCAGCUGGAUGAACUGUGGUUCUUAAUAGGGAUUGUGAUUAAAGACUGACAUUAGCAAGGGAGGAACUACAGGGAUGACUGAGGAGGAACCUGGUAUAACUCAUGAUGAGACUAGAUGUGAGGCAGGGAGGAGUCGUGCUGUGAAGCACAUGAAGAGGCCCUGAGAUGCCCCAAAGGAGGAGAGUAGUGAGGCCUAAGGUGGCCAAGGCCCUGUAGGACCAUAUAGCAGGAUUAGGAGUUUGGACACGGUCUUGAGAGGAAGCCCCUGGGCUGUUUCAAGCAUAGGUAAAAAGGUCUUGAUUUCUUUAGAUCUGCAGGAAAGUACUUUCCUAGAUCCUAGAAGAGAUCAGAAGCCAGAAGGGAAGAAAGUUAAAGUUGAUGACUAUUUUGAGAAAGAAGGGAGUUGAGCUGAUAAUUAA